GAUGAGUCCACACACAGUGAAGAUUCCGGAUGUAUAAAGGUUUUGACAGCCGUUUGGAAAAUGAGAACAAGGACGAUAAGGGAUCCCUGUCAUCCUCGUUCUGGACAGAUGAGGAGAGUGAGAAGGAAGACAGGAAAUGUUUUGAGAAAGACAACAAAAAGAUUGUGAGAGAGCUUGGAAAAGAUAGCAAGACUGAGAAGGAACAUUUUGUAAUGUCAUGUGGCGAUAAGGAAGAGAUAAAGGAAACGCUUGAGGGAAACAUGCUGGAAAAGGACAACUGUAUGCAGGCUGAUUCGAAUCAUAAGGCUGAUGGAUAUGAAAGGGAAGAGGAGAGAGAAUUGUUAAUUGAUGAAGAUGAAAAAGAUAAAAGCACAGAGAAAACAAGAACAGAGACAGAGGAGGAAAGUGAGGAAGAGGAGGAGAAUGAAGAGGAGGUAGGAGGUGAAAAGAGUGAAGAGGAAAGCAACGAAGAGGACACAGAAACCGAGAAUGAAGAGGGAAAAGGGAAAGCGAAAGAAAGAAAAGAAAGUGAAGAGGAAAAAAGUGAUGAAAAUAAGAGUGAAUAUGAAGAAGGGGAAAGCGAAGAAAAGGACACUGGAACAGAAACUGAAGAAGAAAAUGAGAAAGCUCAAGAAGGAAAAGAAAGCAAAGAGGAAGAAAGUGAUGAGAAAUUUGAAUAUGAAGAAGAGGACUUUGGAACAGAGAGUGAAGAGGAAAGUGAUGAAGAGCUAGGCGGACUAAAGAGUAAAAUGAAUGAAAAAAGAGAAGCAGAAAGUAGUAAUUACGAGAAAGAUGAUAGUGAAGAAGAGGACAAGGGGACACAGAAUAAGGUAGAAGAGAUUGAUUUAAGUGAAACGAAGAGGAACUUGUCGAAAGAAUCGGAAGAGAAUGGGGAGUAUAUGAGUGAGGAUGAUAGAAAAGAGAAGAGUGAGUGCUUUGUCAGUGAAGAGACCACAGAUAAUGAAAAGAGAAAGGCUCAAAAUGAUGAUUCAGAAAGUGAAGAGAGUGAGUCUUCCAAAGAAUACUUAAAUAGUGAGGAAAAGUGUACAGAUUCAUUGAGUGAGGGAGAGUGGAGUGAAGAAGAGAGAAAAAGAGAUGAAAAGAGAGAGAGUCACAGUAUUGAAAUUAGUGAGGAGAACAUGUUUUUUCCAGAGCAAGAAUAUAAAGACAAGGAUGAAGGCAGGGGUGAAGAAAGAGAUAACAAAACUUGUACAUCAGAAGAUGGCAGAGUUGUGAAGAAAAAUCGUGAAGACAAAAGUACAGAGGACUCAGAGAUCAACAAAAAGUAUGAGAGUAAACCUAACAGUGAUGAAGAAAUGAGUAAGCGAGAGGGACAAACAGACAAAGAAGAGGGAAGUGAAUGCUUGAUAAAAGAGAGAACUGAGGGAGCGAAUGAGAAGAGGAGUCAUUGUAGAAGACAUAAAAACAAUGGAGAGGAGAAGAUGGAAUGUUCUGUAAAUGACAAUGAGAUUUAUUUUGUCCCUGUAAUAAGAAAUGAACAAAAAGGAGAAUAUUGCAUCAGUGAGAGCAGUGAAGAGGAUCUCAUUGAGAGAUGGCCUGUAAGAUAUGAACCUGAAACUGGGGUGGAAGAGAAGAAAAAGUGGAUCACGAUGAUGGAUGAUAAUCCAACAGACAGACGGACAGCGGAACAAUGCACCUCAGGUGCAGAGACAAAAGACGUUCCUAAAGGAGUUAGCAAAGACGAGGAUGAAAGGGAACGUUCUGUUGAUAAAGCAUAUGCUUGUAAUAUUACCACCGUUAGUCCGAGCGUUAUUGAGGAGUGGGAGGGCUAUCAUCAAAACCCAAAGGCAUACAUAAGUGAUGAUCAGGAGCAUAAUGAAGAUGAACAGGAAAAACAACAGAAGGAAACUAAAGAGUUUGAGGAAGAAAUUUCUGAGGAUUUUCACGCCAUGGGUCUGGGCAGCCCUGCAGCAAGCAUAUUAACGUCUGGUUAUGGAACGUACAGACCAGACUCGUCUAAAGAUGGAGAGGAGGUAGACUAUAGAGAUGACUGUACUCUGGCUGGAUUAGAAGAAGAGAAUGAUGCACAGGAUUAUGACGAUGUCCACGGUCCAAUGUGGUUUAAAAACAAUCCUUCCCUAGAGACAUCUAAAUCUGAAGUUCCUGCUGAGUUUUCAGAGAGAUAUUCUCCGAGAACUGAUAGAGCGCUAGAUGUGACCAUGCACAAUAUCGAUCAAAGUCUUGAGGAGUCUGAAGUCUCAGAUUCUCAACCCAACCAGAUUCCAACUGAAUGUGACAACAUCAUUUCCCAAAAUGUGUGUUUCGAUGAUAUUUGGGAGCUGGGAGCUCUGAGAGGAAAUGUUAACCAUCCAUUUAAUAUAAGAGACAGGAGAAGCAAGAGUGAGAGGAGAUCAAAAGAGAAGCAAUAUGAUGAUGGACAUGACAAUGAUGACAACAGGAGGAAGGAGAAGAGAAUCAAAACAUAUAAUGGCAACUUUGGUGCAGUUUCUGUGCUAGAGGAACGUAUGGACCACAUGCAGAUCGGUGCAUCUCGUGUGCCGUACGAUUCUGAGAGUGAAGAACCAGAAAACUAUAGCAACAGAUCCAGUUCUGCAACAGAUGAACCCUCAAGUGACUUCAUUAAGGGCAUGACAAGGUCGCAGAGCGAGAGUGAUAUCCGACCUCGUCCCAAAUCAUUUAUACGGCCAGUCUUUGAACAUCCUCACACCAGGAACUGGAAGAAAUCUGAUCCAGUUGCAAAAUAUUUUCAGUAUAAGCAAGAAUGGGAGAUGUUUAAACCUCCAGGAGAGAAGAGCAGGAAGGAGCUGCACUGGGCUAUCAGGGAACGACUUCUUCAUCAGCCUCCACCACCGAGACCACAGAAGACAUACAUCCCCAACAAUUAUGUAGUUCCAACAGAAAAGAAGCGAUCUGCCCUCCGAUGGGAGAUACGACAUGAUUUAGCGCAUGGCUUUGUUCCAAAAAAACCUCCUACCCCUGACAUAGAGGAUGUUUCACUAAUGCCAUUCACAUUUUAAUGUUUAUUUUAUUAUUUGUGCUAUUAUUUAUUUCUUUAAAAUUAACAUUUGUUACUGUGUGUGGUAUGUGUGAAAUGAGACGUCUGGAUCAUUGUUUCAAUGAAAUAAACAUUUUUAAUACAUUU